AUGGCGCACAAACUCAAUGAUCUGGCUUCAUUCGAGCCCUCGAAGUCCGGCGCUUACGACCCAGGCACAAUACAAAUCUUCUACGACAACAGAGCCUACGGUGGCUUCCAGGACAAGCUACCCUACUGGCAGAAAUACUGGCUCGAUGGACUUUCACGACUAGGACGACCGGCGUUAUGGUAUCCAACGGACUUGAUGCCGGGAUACCUGCGCAUCAUCUUCUACACAGACGUCGGUAACCAAGGCCAAAAAGACUAUCCUCUCCACAAGGCCAUGGCCGUCAAGGACAUGUUCGACUCACUUUCCGAGCAAGGCUACAGACCGAUGGUCUUCGGCUACUCCAACGAGAACCCCUUUCCCAUGCUCGGCGGCGUUGAACCUCCUCCGCCACCGAAGAAGAAGGAGCCGAAGCGAGCCACCACCUGGAGUCAUGCUGUCAGUGGACAUACUGGAGCACAAGGAGAGACGCCGCAUGAUAGAGUGAUGGCUAUCAUUCAAGACGAGGAAGAAAGACUGGCCAAGGAGAGGGCUGCUGAGGUGGAGGAGUGGGGCAAGGAGAAGGGUUUCACUGAUCUUGCUUGA